UAUCGCUCAUUAUCUUGGGAGUUAUCUGCCAAAUUUGUGAAUGCCUUAAACACUAGCCUAACUGAUCAGACGUCGUCGAACAAGUGGAAAUCGGGUGUACUUAAAUUACCACUUCGUGAUGCGGAGCACUUCCGAUCGUUGUCAGCAUCACACUUCUGUCACAAGCCUGAAAUCGUUAUGGACCACGAUGGGCAUGGUGCUCGGGUGAGAGACGAGAGAAGGUACAGGCUUUUGGGUGAUAGUUACUACUGCAUAAACCAUCCUCCACACUACAGGGAAAUGGAACGUAAAUUACAAAAAGAAUACGAUGCACUGGAGCGCCAGAAAAUGAAGGCCAAAAGAGCGUCCACAAAGGACGAAUUAAUUCUUUCAGGAAGCAGAAGGGAACCCGAUCCGGUGCUUUCCUUAGGAAGUGUAGAAACGAUUCCGCCACUGCAAUUAAAACUUAUGCACUCGAGUCGACAGAGUCGAUUUGUGAACCUACAUGACUUUGACUAUUCGCAGCUCACAUCACUCCCGAGGGCACCAUCAAUAGACAGCUUGUAUAAGCAGGCAGCAGUUAUCCUCCGGGACAUAUUGCCUCCAGCUAGAUCGACCGAAGCGAAUCGGUUACCUCGCUUCUACGGACAGAGAAACCUGAACUCCCUGAACUUACCAUCUGGGGCAGAAUGAAGGAAAGUGCACCACACUGGGGCAGUAAACUAAAUAUUAUACAUAGCACUCAGUAUAAGCAAGUCUGUGCAACCCACGUCUUUGGAACGAUCUUAAGUGCACGGUAAAACACAAUGUCAAAUGCAAGCAUUGCGUGUACUUCCACUACGGAACACAUGGUACAAGGAUGGAAUAUACCAUUGUGUCAUCAACGCCAGUAUAGUUUCCUCAUAGAUUGAUGUACGGAUGAUAAGCGUAAGGACGGUGUGCUUAGAAGCCAAUGGUCAAGUUACGGACUCAAGUUCACUUAUCAUUUGGCACUGGAAGGAAUCGUUAGCUUUGACCAGGUUUUACUUGUAGAAAGAAAAAACGAAUUACUAGGUCUGCCUUAAAAGCAAAACGGUUUUAUGGAUCAUUUUGAAGCGCUUUGUGUGAAGAGAUUGCGACGCGCAAUCCUAAAGAGGACCGCGAUUCACAUUGAAGAGAGCCUUGCUCAUUUAGAUCGCUGAAACCGUGCUCUGUAACAGUUGUCUACGUUAUGACCGGUGCUGCGUUUUAAACUACUGCUUUGUUCAUAGACAAUCAUCUGUAACGUGGAACCAACUCUGCCAGACCGUUCAAUCAAACGUG